AUAAAAAGGAAAUGUAGAAUAGUAUAUUGAUGAGUGUGUGAGUGAAGUGAGUGUUGAGAAAACAAAAACAAAAGGGGAAAGGAAGAUUGGAACGAACGAAGGCAUAAUUUUGAAUUGAUUUGAAGGUCAUUUUGUUUUUGAAAAAAAGAGUCUUCCCCGCCACCAAACCCUAGCUACCACCGCAAAAAUGCCGAGGGAAAUCAUCACUCUUCAGGUUGGCCAAUGCGGGAAUCAGAUCGGCAUGGAGUUCUGGAAGCAACUCUGCCUCGAACAUGGUAUCAGCAAAGACGGCAUCCUCGAAGACUUCGCCACUCAGGGAGGUGAUCGGAAAGACGUUUUCUUCUACCAAGCUGACGAUCAGCAUUAUAUACCACGAGCUCUCCUGAUUGACUUGGAACCAAGAGUGAUUAAUGGAAUUCAAAACAGUGACUAUCGAAAUCUCUACAAUCAUGAGAACAUUUUUGUCUCAGAUCAUGGAGGUGGUGCAGGAAACAAUUGGGCCAGUGGAUAUGAUCAGGGACAACAUGUUGAAGAAGAAAUAAUGGACAUGAUUGAUAGAGAAGCAGAUGGCAGUGACAGUCUUGAGGGGUUUGUUCUUUGUCAUUCAAUUGCUGGAGGAACAGGCUCAGGUAUGGGCUCAUACUUGUUGGAGACUCUGAAUGACCGUUACAGCAAAAAACUAGUUCAGACAUACAGUGUGUUUCCUAACCAAAUGGAGACAAGUGAUGUGGUGGUCCAGCCAUACAAUUCACUUUUGACACUCAAGAGACUGACACUUAAUGCUGACUGUGUUGUAGUUCUUGACAAUACUGCACUAAAUAGAAUUGCUGUGGAACGGCUUCAUUUAUCAAACCCUACAUUUGCUCAAACAAAUUCCUUAGUUUCUACUGUUAUGUCUGCAAGUACAACAACUCUUCGUUAUCCAGGGUACAUGAAUAAUGACUUGGUUGGCCUUCUUGCCUCUUUGAUUCCAACACCGAGAUGCCAUUUCCUAAUGACAGGAUAUACACCUUUGACAGUGGAACGUCAGGCUAAUGUAAUUCGUAAGACUACUGUACUUGAUGUUAUGAGAAGACUUCUACAGGCAAAGAAUAUUAUGGUCUCAUCUUAUGCUCGGACCAAAGAUGCUAGCCAAGCAAAAUACAUAUCAAUUCUGAAUAUCAUCCAAGGAGAGGUUGAUCCAACUCAGGUUCAUGAAAGUUUGCAGAGGAUACGUGAAAGAAAACUAGUUAACUUUAUUGAGUGGGGUCCUGCAAGUAUUCAGGUUGCUCUAUCAAGGAAGUCUCCAUAUGUUCAAACUGCACAUAGGGUCAGUGGCCUUAUGCUGGCAAGCCAUACUAGCAUCCGUCACCUUUUCAGUAAAACUCUGAGCCAGUAUGAGAAGUUGAGAAAGAAACAAGCCUUUAUAGACGCGUACAGGAAGUUCCCAAUGUUUGCCGAUAAUGACCUCUCAGAAUUUGAUGAAUCAAGGGACAUAAUUGAGAGUUUGGUUGAUGAAUAUAAGGCCUGUGAGUCUCCAGAUUAUAUCAAAUGGGGAAUGGAGGAUCCAAACAACAUGCUAACGGGAGAAGGCAAUGCUGCAGGAUCAUUGGAUCCAAAAUCAGUAGCAUGAAAAACCAUGUACCAGAAGUGAAGCGUAAAAAAAGGAAAGGAUUGUUGUGUAAGAUCAACAAGGUUUCCAAUGAAGUUUUCUACCAUUUUAGGGGUAUGAGCUGGUUUGCGGUGUGAUUAUUUUGGUUUGUAUUUGUUUGCUAAUCAUUUUGUGCCCAAGGGAGAUUGAGUACAGAAUCUCUCUGUAUUGAUUAAUUUUUAGCAAUGUAAAUGGUUUGUUGGAUGGUCAUUUAAAUGUUGAGAAUCAAGGAACUUAGUUUCAUUAUCUGGA